AAUUUUUUAAAGGGCCCCUUAUUUAGCAGGCAAAUGUUUUAUGGAGCUUCCAUCUGUGUUUCUCCUCUCACUACAUUUUUUUUCUUUUAUAGAAAAAAGAGGGUUGACUUAGAGGAUGAAAGUAAUCAAACCUUGAGUUGUUUGCUACUACUGCAUUUCAGGUUCUCUUAUUUUGCUCUUUGUAUUAAUUCGACAAUGCCCUCCAGAGACCUGGUAAAUGUUGCUGUGCCAGAGGAACUGGUGGGGUUAGAGGACGACAUGUGCAGAUUAAUGGAUGAACUGACAAGUGGAUCUCGUGAGUUAAGUGUUAUACCAAUUCUUGGCAUUUCUGGACUGGGAAAGACAACUCCUGCCAUGAGUCUCUACUGCGAUGAGCGUAUUGUCAUCCACUUUGAUAUUCGUGCAGCUGUUUCUGUUUCUCAAAUAUAUGACACUAAAGAAUUGGUACUUGCAAUGUUGCACAAAAUCACCGGAUAUCCUGACACAUCUAAUGGAGGGGAUGUUGAUUUUUGGAGUGCCAAGCUAUAUAAGUCUUUGAAGGGAAGGAGGUUCUUCAUCUUAAUAGAUGAUCUAAUGGGGGAUAUUGCAGCAUGGGAUGAUUUGAGAAAUCUGUUUCCAGAUGAUAGAAAUGGAAGUAUAAUUCUCCUCACCACUCGAUCAUAUGAAAUAGCUUCAUAUGCUGCGCCUACUGAAAUACAUAAUCUUCGAUUUCUUACACAAGAAGAGAGUUGGGGAUUACUUAAAAAGAAGACAUUUCUACGACAAUUUUAUCCUCCAGAACUGAGGGAAGCAGGAAAGCGCAUUGCCAAACAAUGCCACGGGAUACCUGCCAUGAUAGUUUGGAUGGCUGGUAUUCUUGCAAGAACAAGGACAGAAACCUAUUGGAUACAAGUUGCGCAAAGUAACCAAAUUGAUGAAUAUCUUCUCAUCCGUGGUGAACAAGAAUACAGUGACAUACCAGAUCAUCUCCGUCAAUGCUUCCUUUAUUUUGGAGCAUUUCCGUUGGAGGAAGAAAUUCCAGUAUCCAAUUUGAUUAGGUUGUGGGCUGCAGAAGGCUUCAUUCAACAAACUGAAGCAAAGAGCUUUGAGGAUGUCGCAGUGGAUUACCUAAUGAACCUAGUUAGACAAGGUCUUGUAAUGGUCUGCCAACGCAGCUCAGAAGGUGUGGUCAAACGGUGUAAAGUCCAUGACAGAUUGCAUAAGUUUUGUUUAGCUAAAGCCAACCACGAAAACUUUUUUCAGCUGAUGGAAAGGUAUGGUGACGUCUCAACUCCCCUUGGUGGUGGUAUAGAUCCUAGUGAUUCCAAUAUCCCACUCUCCUUAACAUGUGAGCAUCGUCGGCUGUUCAUUUCAUCUUAUUUGUGGGACAAUAUUUCAUUAAAAUUAUCUGGUCCACUUGUCCGCAGCCUGGUGCUAACUGGCAGUAGAUCUGAUAUUCCCAGGUCUCAUGCCUCAUCUCUAUAUAAAAACUUCAAACUUGUUAGAGUUUUGGAUUUAGGGCAUAUAAAUGUGGGCAAUGAUUUUCCAGUUGGGCCUGAAAAUAUGACCCUGUUGAAGUACUUAGAAGUUCGGGGAGAAAUGACUUCAAUCCCACCUUCAAUUGGCAGCCUCCGGCAAUUGGAAACUUUUGUUACAAUAGGAUUACCGGGAGCAGAAAUUUCAAUACCUGAUAGUAUUUGGAGUCUGACAAAUUUGAGGCAUUUGCAUAUAAACAAUCGUUCUUCUUUUGGUGCCCAUGACUAUAAACAAGCUGAAAUGUUGCCAAAUCUGAGAAGUAUGCCAACCCCAUUACUUAUUUACGGGGAAGAUUCAGAAUUGAUACUGAGAAGAUUACCACGCCUUGAGAAUCUGAAAUGCAUCUAUUUGGAAUCAUGGGACUCAAUUAGGAAGAAGAACCUGUUCCCUAAACUGGGAAUCCUUGAGCAUCUUCAGUCUCUCAAGCUAUUUUACGAUGGUGAAGUGCGAAAGAGGUGUCAGUUCCAUUUCCCUUCAAUCCUUAGUAGGUUAACCCUGUCACAUUUUCGCCUGCCAUGGGAUCAAAUAUCAAUUAUUGGGCAACUUCCGAAUCUUUCGGUCCUGAAAUUGCUGAAUAAUGCCUUUGAGGGUAGUCUAUGGGAGGUAGAAGAUGAUCAGUUUUUCUGUCUUAAGUUGUUGAAAUUAGAUACACUAGACUUGGAGCAUUGGGACGUGUCUGAAGAUGCGUUACCAAAACUUGAGCGACUGGAGUUGCAGAAAUGUAAGAAACUAGAGGAGAUCCCCUUUAGUUUUGCUGAUAGUGCAACACUAAGGGAGAUUCAGGUGAAGUGCUGUAGCCAAUCCCUUGAAGAUUCAGCCCUCAGAAUUCAGCAAGAACGAGAAGAUUUGGGAGACGACUCGUUCCAGCGCAUCAACGAAGAAGAAGAAGAAACAGCAAACAAAAGCAAGAAACAGCGAAGAAGAAGACAGGCCAAAUUUUGUAAGAAAAAAAUGUUGAGUGACUAUUUAUUGUAAUAAAUGGUUUAUAUUUUCAAUUGGACAAUUUUUUGUGUAAGAAAUAUAACUUAAUGGACAUUUUAUUUAUU